AAAAGGAAAAGUGAGUGCAGAAAAGAUGGCUGCUCAUUUGAGCGGUGGUCGUAUAAAUUUGGCCGUUUGGAGGGAGGUGGCAAGAAGGGAAUUGCUUGAAUGUCUGGACAAGUGCGUCGGGAGUAAAGCUGUGGUAUGGGAUGACCACUUGACCGGUCCAUUUGGCCUCAUAGCUGAGUACUCACUGUUGAAGGAACAUGAGGUGGACAAGAUGUUCCCGCUGCGGCCCGGCCGCCUGCCCAUCGCGGCCGGCUCGGGUCCGGGGAGCAUGAUCAUCCAGAACAUCAUCUUCAUCGUCCGGCCGCGGCUGGAGCUGAUGGAGGUGGUGGCCGACGCCAUCCGGCGGACGGAGGAGGCGGCUGGCCGCUUCCACAUGGAGUUCCACAUCUUUUUCGUGCCCAGGAGGAGCCUGCUGUGUGAGAGGAAGCUGACGGAACUUGGUGUUUACGGCACGCUCACCACCGUGGGGGAGUACACCCUUGACUUGCUACCCUUUGACAGCGAUGUGCUCUCCAUGGAAAUGGAACAAUCGUUCAAGGAAUGCUGCUUGCAGAAUGACUUGACGACAAUGUUCUAUGUGGCUAAGGCACUGAUGAAGAUUCAGGCCCUAUAUGGUGUCAUACCCAAGAUCUAUGGCAAGGGGCCAUUGUCCAAGCACGUGGCAGAUAUUAUCCUGCGAAUGCGGCGGGAGAUGGCCGGCAACGAGCGCCAGGUCCCGCCCCAGAUUGACACCCUCCUGCUGGUUGACCGCACAGUGGACCUCUUGACCCCGCUGGCCACCCAGCUGACCUAUGAGGGCCUGAUUGACGAGAUCUACGGCAUACACAACACCACAGUGAAACUUCCUCCUGAGAAGUUUGUUCGGAAGAACGAGAAUGAGCCCCAGCCGGAGCUGCCCACAGAGCCCAAGAAGAUCCAGCUCAACUCCUCCGACGAACUGUUUGCCGUCAUCCGCGACAAGAACUUCAACGCCGUGGGGCCGGAGCUCAGCAAGAAGGCCAAGAUACUCUCGGCGCAGUACGAGGAACGUAAAGAUGCCAAGACGGUGCGCGACAUCAAACAGUUUGUCUCCAAGCUGCCCCACAUACAGGCUGCCAAGGCCUCCCUUGCAACUCACACCUCCAUUGCUGAACUGGUCAAGGAACGGACAGAUCUAGAGUCCUUCAUGGACUCACUCCAAACACAGCAGGAGUUCAUGAAUGGCGUAGACACAGACAAAGUGAACAACUACAUCGAGGAAUGCAUCGCCAAGAGAGAACCGCUGAUCAAGGUGUUGCGCCUCCUCUGCAUGCAGUCGGUCACCAACAACGGUUUUAAGCCCAAAAUACUUGACUUCUACAAGAGAGAAAUCAUACAGACUUACGGCUUUGAGCACAUAGUGUCGCUCAACAACUUGGAGAAGGUGGGUCUGUUGAAGGUACAAGGCCAGAAGACGUACGGCACCAUCAGGAAGACGCUGAGGCUGGUUGUGGAAGACGUCAACGAACAGAACCCCCACGACAUCUCCUACGUGUACAGCGGCUAUGCCCCGCUCAGUGUGCGGCUGGCCCAGUGCCUCGCCCGGCCAGGCUGGCGCAGUAUUGAGGAGGUGCUGAGGCUCCUGCCUGGACCAACAGUGGAAGAGACCCAGCAGGUGCCCUACGGCCUGCUGAAAAAGAGGACGAUAGGCGACAGUCAGGGCGACAACCAAAAGGUGACGCUGGUCUUCUUCCUCGGGGGCGUGACCUACGCCGAGAUCGCCGCACUGCGGUUCCUCUCAAGCCAGGACGAAGGACCCAUGGAGUAUGUGAUCGCCACGACCAUGGUGAUCAACGGACAUAACUGGCUCCGUUCCAUCAUGGAGGAUCUCAUCGUCCCGACGAUCUCCGAAAGAAGCACAGACUCGAUGACCUCCAGCCGAUUGAGAUGAUUGGAGAACUUUCCUCUCGCCACGGAAAUGGGGAAAAUGUUCCAGUUUAUGCUCAAAGAGCCCACUGUCUUACGUCAAAACAAUGUUUGAAAUGCAUGUCAUGCAUCAGUUUCUCACUUUCAAUCUUUCUGCAGCCAUUUUAAAAGUUGACAGAAAUUUGAAUAUUCAUGAAGUGAAGAGUGACAUCAUCCUAAGGCAGCAGUCUCAGUAUCCUGCUCUUAAGGUAUAAGAAAAGAGAACCCGGGGGGGGGGGAAUGCAUGAGAAAUAAGAAAACAUUGUUGGUAGCGUGCUGGAAUAGUACCCCGCAGGUGCUGGAUUUCAGUCGCAUUUCAUUCAAACUUUCCUGGGAGACAUUCAGAUUGAAAGGCAAAAAAACACAGGAAAAUCUCAAAGCAUCAGCAGGCCCCUAGAUGCACGCUUAUAAAAAAGUGAAAAAUAAAAAGACCAAAUGUAUGAAGUCCAAGGGACUAGCACUUUGCAGUCUCUUUGAUAUUUCUUGAGGUUACACCAUUUGUACCAUCAGUUGUAAAAUUUAGCAUAUACAGACUUCAGCAUGGAUCAUUUAAUCCCUGAAAAAUCAAACAUCAGGCUCUGUUAUAUUCUAGUUACCAGCCAUAUUGCAAUUUUUUUUUAGGGGCAGUGGAGAGAUGAACUGUGGUUUGGGCCAGAUGUCCUUGCAUAGUCUAAUAGUUGUCCUUUUAUUAGGGUUAAAUUUUGCCAAUCUGAACAUCACCUACUCUAUUGUUUUGAUGUCGCCCGUCAUGCUGACAAAUUACUCAUUUUGAAAUUUGAUUUCCAUGCGUUUAAUUUUCCAAAAUUUUAUUGUAGUCCCAAGGCUGUUGUGUACAUACAAUAAAAAGAAAGUGACACAUGAAAGGUA